UAAGUGUUGAAUGAAUUCAAAUUGUGAACAGUAAAGUUUUAAGAAUACAAAAUGUAUAGUGAGUGUUGAAUAUUCGAAGUUUAUUCAGUGUUCAAAGUGUUUUAAUGAACAAGAAUUUUAUAAAAUUCAACCGUAGUUUAUUUUUUGUUUAUUAUCCGAAACUCAACAUUUAGCUUUAUACAAAAACAUGCUACAAUGAGUAUGAACAGUUAUUGAACAUGCCUAUAAAUUGUGUUGUCCCUGGGUGUAAAUCGAACUAUCAUAGAAAAACCCUCUUAGAGACAAUAUUUACUUUCCCCCAAAGAUAAAGAGCUGAGCAAAAAGUGGACAAGGUUUAUCCAUAGGAAAGAUUAUAAAGUCACUAACAAUUCGGAUGUGUGUAACAAUCAUUUUAAAGCAUCAGACAUUAUUAAAGAAGACAAUUUUUGUAUGAUGAUGGUUCUUAUGUGACUGCUCCACGAAGAAAAGUAAAACUAUGUGAUCUUGUGAUGGUGCCUUCCCUACAAUUUUUCCAAUUCAAAGUCAUCAGCCUUCUUACAACACAAUUAAAUCAUGAUUAUGUAAAGGUAUUAGGCAAUAUAUUUCUAAACAAUUACUGCAACAUGAAGAAUAAUAAUCAGUUGCCCAAGCAAACAAAGUCACGAAAAUUGAGAACAUUGAAUUUUUAGGCUAAAAUGAAAUACAGUAAGGAUAAUUAUAAGCUAUGUGCAUGUGAAUUCACAUGCAAGAGAAUGCACUUGAAUGUGACUGAUAUAAAUAUGUCCAUGAUAAUAAAUAAAGUCUAGUUACCCUGUCAAAUAGUUACUUCUUUAAUAAGAACCUUAUUUAAAUUCUUAGAAAUAAUUUUGAACAGUAAUGAGUUAUUAGAGAGAGCUGAAACCUAGCUGAUGGCAGUAAGUUAGUCAACCAACUGCGGCGGCCAUCUUGUUUGUAUGCUCAGGUCCGGUAUUUAGGAGGUCCUGGUACUAGGGCCUACGUUUCUUCUUCUUCUUCGUCUUCCACUCACUCUCUUCCUCUCUCUCUACUCAUAUUUUGUUUGAAGAUGGGUUGAUAGCAUUUGAAAAAGCUCUGUUUCCCCCAUAUCAACCGGGUCUUCCACGCAAACUGCUGCACUAUGAUUUCAAACCCGUGCCAAAAAAAUACGAUGGUAAAUGCAGGUAUGAUAUACCUAAAAGAGGAGAAGCUAAGGAUUUCAACCUACAUAACAACUCUGGUCGAGCGUUUGCGAUUGGUACUCAGCAAAAAGAAGAAUUAAUAUUCCCGCCAUCUGACUACUCUCCCUGCCCCAAAUGUUUCACAAUCAAUCCUGGCACACCCUACCAUAGUUUAUACAGAACUGAAGUCAUUGAAAUUGUAGACAGUGGAUUCGAGGCAAUUAUGAACGAUGAGGAAUUUUCGAAAGUGUUUGUCAUAGCAUCUAGGACAGUGCAUGUCUGUUACCUCCCAAAUAAACCAGAAGCGGAAUUCAUUCGAGUGAAGCAGCGAGUGAUUGGUCUGGCAGCUAUCAAAUCUUUGCGCCUUUACAGCCACACCAUAACACAGAUGACGGCCAUUGAAAUGGACGCCAAUAGUGAAACAAUGAGUGCUAUGUUCACUGAGGUCAAAUACAUCCAAGCCGAUGGAUCUGCUUUGAAACAACUAAGAGAACUACCAUUCAGGAAUUUAUCUCCUGAGAAAGAGCCAUCAACUACUUAUAUUGGAAAGGCAAUAGACAUUUCGUACUUGAUUGAGAGUGCAGAUGUUGUGUCAAGGACUCUGAUCGGUAAUGAAGGAUAUGAUUGAUCUACGCAUUGGUGAGACGCAGCAGGUUAAAAAACGUCAGAAACAAUGGGAGAAGGAGGAGGUCUUGUGUGAGGAAUAUGUGUAUUCAAAAAUAGUGAGGAAUGAAGCUGAUAAACAUAGUUGGCCCAUAGAGACCAAAGUUUUCAUGAAAGUCAAUAGCAACAACACUUUUCAUAC